UUUCUUCGGCCAUGAGGAAUGGCAACGGGUAUCUCUUCAAUUAUAUCAAUAGAAGAACUUGUAUCAAUCUGUGUCCACGGAUGUUGAAGAUUCUCUUACUUGCUAUGAUGGUCCUUUCUUCAUCUUCAAUAGAGAGAAGCGAAGUAACAAGGGGCUUCACAGAGGCAUUUUCGAUUAUUAACUCUCUCGAGCCUACGAUUGCUGCAAAGCCUGCUACGUUAAAUCUAGUUCCCCUUAUUCACACAAUCAAACGCCAUCUCGUUGACUUUGCCAGGAGUUCGGAAAAAACCAAGUCCAUUUUAGUCAUAUCUUCACCGAAAGAUUCAAAACCUUCAAACAGAGAAAAGAUCAACAGAAAAGAUUCUAAAGCAAAAGAGAUAAGCGCUAGUAGCUUUAAAGGACACAAAGUGAUUCACAUCAGCAACGACGUUGAAG